AUGGGUACUUUAUCCUUAGGUCUCCUGAUAGUGUCUAAACCCGGAGGAAGUCCCAAGGUGUCUAAACACGGAGGAAGUCACAAGGUGUCUAAACCCGGAGGAAGACCGAAGGUGUCUAAACAAAGAGGAAGUCCCAAGGUGUUUAAACCCGGAGGAAGUCCCAAGGUGUCUAAACCCGGAGGAAGUCCCAAGGUGCCUAAACCCGGAGGAAGUCCCAAGGUGUCUAAACCCGGAGGAAGUCCCAAGGUGUCUAAACCCGGAGGAAGUCACAAGGUGUCUAAACCCGGAGGCAGAACAAAGGUCUCUAAACCCGGAGGAAGUCCCAAGGUGUUUAAACCCGGAGGAAGUUCCAAAGUGUCUAAACCCGCAGGAAGUCUCAAGGUGUCUAAACCCGGAGGAAGUCCCAAGGUGUCUAAACCCGGAGUAAGACCAAAGGUCUCUAAACAAAGAGGAAGUCCCAAAGUGUCUAAACCCGCAGGAAGUCUCAAGGUGUCUAAACCUGGAGGAAGUCCCAAGGUGUCUAAACCCGGAGGAAGUCCCAAGGUGUCUAAACCCGGAGGAAGUCCCAAGGUGUCUAAAUCCGGAGGAAGUCUCAAGGUUUCUAAAUCCGGAGGAAGUCACAAGGUGUCUAAACCCGGAGGAAGUCCCAAGGUGUCUUAA